CUGAAGAGGGGGCGGUGCAUAACAAAAAGUAAUGGCUAUCUAUUUGGGUCCUGAAGAAGGAGGGGUAACGUUAUUUCUUGUCGGACUACCGUAGGUGUGAUUGAGUUUUCCUCAUGUUAGCGCGUGUGUUUGUCCGUCAGUGAUAUCCAGUUGCGCCUCAACCGUUUUUCUGUUGGAUGUUCGUUGGCCGCGGUCGCAGAGCGGUUAAAAUGCUGGCUCAACUUGGUGCCGCGUUUUAGGGUUAAAUCACCCAGCUAGCCACGCUAACGUUAGCUACUACCAGCGCUGCUGUGUGAGCCAACGUCUGGAAGGGCGUACGAGUUUGACGUUUUCUCCCCAAGUCUCCUCACAUUUCUGACUUUAGUACAACGCGGUCCUCUCUCCUCAAAGCUAACACAGCCAGUCAACAUGGAGGGGACACACUUUGCAAGAGCAUGAAGACGGCGACUAAAGAGGAUUAAAAGCAGCUCGGGUCUUGAUGGGGAAAAGUUGAGCUGAGGAUUAACAACUUGGGAAAAACUGAAGAAAGGUUUCAAGUGUUACCUAUUGUACACGGGCAUGCUAAAACCUCAGUGAUGGAGUCCACAGUUGUGAGUACGUCCACUCUGGCCCCUGAUGAGUUCGAUAGGAAUGCGCCGCGGAUCUGCGGUGUGUGUGGCGACAAAGCCACAGGCUUCCACUUCAAUGCCAUGACCUGUGAGGGCUGCAAGGGUUUUUUCAGGCGCAGUAUGAAGCGCAAGGCCGCCUUCACGUGUCCCUUUAACGGCAGUUGCAUCAUCACCAAGGACAACAGGCGCCACUGCCAGGCCUGCCGACUCAAACGCUGUGUGGACAUUGGCAUGAUGAAAGAGUUCAUUCUGACAGAUGAGGAGGUGCAGAGGAAGAAGGACCUGAUUCAACGAAGGAAGGAUGAGGAGGCACAGCGCGAAGCGGAGAGGGAGGCGCGGCGGCCCCGGCUUACUGACGAACAGAGUCAGGUCAUCGCCACGCUGGUGGAGGCGCACCACAAAACAUAUGACGACUCUUACUCUGACUUCGGCCGCUUCAGGCCUCCUGUGCGCGAGGGCCCAGUGACACGUAGCGCCAGUAGAGCUGCCUCUCUCCACUCUCUGUCUGAUGCCUCCUCUGACUCCUUCAGUCACUCUCCAGAGUCAGUAGACACCAAAAUGAACUUCAACAACCUGCUGAUGAUGUACCACGAGCAGGGCAGCAGCCCUGACUCCAUCGAGGAGGAGGGCUCCAGCUUCUCCAUGCUGCCUCACCUGGCUGACCUGGUCUCCUAUAGCAUCCAGAAGGUUAUUGGCUUUGCCAAGAUGAUCCCUGGGUUCAGGGAGCUGACUGCAGAGGACCAGAUCGCCCUACUCAAGUCCAGUGCCAUUGAGGUGAUCAUGUUGCGCUCAAAUCAGAGCUUCAACCUGGAAGACAUGUCCUGGAGCUGUGGUGGGCCUGACUUUAAAUACCAGAUCAGUGAUGUUACCAAAGCGGGCCACACUCUGGAGCUGUUGGAGCCGCUGGUGAAGUUCCAGGUGGGUUUGAAGAAGCUCAACCUACACGAGGAGGAACAUGUGCUGCUGAUGGCCAUCUGCUUGCUUUCUCCAGACCGCCCAGGUGUGCAGGAUCACGCACGGAUCGAAGCCCUCCAAGACCGACUGUCCGAGACCCUGCAGGCCUACAUCCAGCUUCACCACCCAGGAGGACGGCUGAUUUAUGCCAAGAUGAUCCAGAAGCUGGCCGACCUGCGCAGCCUCAACGAGGAGCACUCCAAACAGUACCGCUCACUUUCCUUCCAGCCAGAGCACAGCAUGCAGCUCACCCCGCUGGUGUUGGAGGUGUUCGGCAGUGAAGUCUCCUAGAGGCUGCCUCUGAACCUCAGUGGUCAAGAGGAAGCUGGAGACCAGACCCCUCUGAGUUAAAAUGUAGGGAGAGAGCUGAGGAUGUGCUGGAUGGACUAAAUGGAGGUGUGGAGUAUGAAGCGAGUGGAAGAGAGAAAGUGGUGUGUGUGUGUGUGUGUGUGUGUGUGUGUGUGUGUGUGUGUGUGUGUGCUUGCGUAUGUUGGGUGUGUGGUUUCAUGUGUCUUGUCUUAAGAAGUCUAUGUUGGCAUAAAGGCCAAGGUUAUAUGGAGAGCAAGCAGGUGUUAAGAGACACAGUAAACAAGGAAACUUCAUAUACAAAUUAAACUAUACAUACAACUUUUGCCUAUA